AUGACAAGACAUUAUAGAAUCCACACAGGCGAGAAACCGUAUUCAUGCACUAUUUGUGGCAAAGGUUUCGUAUGUACUGGCUCUUUAGCAAAGCACAGAAGAGCUCACACAGGUGAGAAGCCUUAUUCUUGUAUAACAUGUGGGAAAAAGUUUGCUUAUAACAGUGAUUUACUGAGACACCUGAAGACGCACACUGGUCAGAAACCAUAUCAUUGUAAAAGAUGUGGGAAAAUGUUUCUAUAUAAAAGUGAUUUACUGAAACACAUGCGGACUCACACAGGUGAGAAACCAUAUGGAUGUAAAACAUGUGGGAAAAUGUUUGCUUAUAAUGGUGAUUUACUGAAGCACACAAGAGCUCAUACAGGUGAAAAGCCAUAUCAUUGUAAAACAUGUGGGAAAAUGUUCGGAUACAGUAGUUCUCUGUUAAAACACAUGGGAAUUCACACAGGUGUGAAACCACAUCAUUGUAAAACAUGUGGGAAAAUGUUUGCUUCUAAUAGUGAUUUAGUGAAACACACGAGGAUGCACACUGGUGAGAGACCAUAUCAUUGUAAAACUUGUGGGAAAGUAUUUGGAUAUAGUAGUUCCUUAUUGAAACACAUGAGAAUGCAUACAGGUGUCAAACCAUAUCAUUGUAAAACAUGUGGGAAAUCGUUCACCU